UACGUGAACGUGAGAUGAUGAUGAACGAUAGUAUUAGAAGAGAAGUAAUGGUAGAAAAAACAGCUCUGGAUCAAGAAAAGGCUGAAGUAGCCAGAGAAUUACAAAUAGCAAGAGAUGAAGUUAGUGGUAUGGCGGAGAAAUUACAACAGAAAGAUCUACAACUAAAUUCUUUUGGUCGAACUUUACAAGAGGUGGAAGAGUUGAAUAGAAAAAAACAUGAAUUAGAUAGUAAAAUUGAGAAACUGGAAUCGACUGCAGCAGAUACUCGUCUGCUAAUUGAGUCUCAAAGAACAGAAGUGAUGUCACUUCGUCAGGAAAAUAGUAAACUUCAGGAAAGUUUUGCUAAGAGUCAAGUUAAUUGUCACACGCUACAAGAUGAAUUACGUAUCAUCAAGGAAUCAACAGCACAACAACUAAACGAAGUAAGAAACGCCUCGGCUUAUCAGAAAGAUCAAAAUGAAACAGAGAAGUUUGUCCUGAGAGAAGCUCUUUCAAAGUGUGAAGCCAAUCUACGUACAUCAGAGAAUACAUUACGAUCAAUAACAGAGAAUAACGUAACGUUACAAAAUGAACGUAAAGCUCUGGAAUAUUCACUGAAUGAAGUCAAGUCUCAACUAGCCACAGAAAUAACGGAACGAAAACUAGCACAACAAAGGGAAGAUAAUCUGAAAGCAAAUAUUGAAGAAGGCAAACAAAAUAAGUUUACUGUAGAAGAAAGAAUAUUAGAAAUUCAAUCUUUAGUAACCAAGCGUGAAGGGGAGAUAACUCAACAGAAAGAUAGAAUAAAGAGGUUGAUACAUCAGAAUCAGGAGUUAGAAGCCACGGCACAUGUUCAUGAUUCUACAGUCCGAGCUAAACAAGAUCAAAUAGAUACAUUACAGGUUGAAGUAAGUAAGCUCCAACAAUUAUUAGAGAGUCAGAAACAACAACUCAAUUCUAAAUUACGUAAAAUGAUUUUAGAACAGAAAACUGAGAGAGGAAGUCAACAACAGGAAAUGCAGAAUCUAUCUCAACAAGCGAUGCAACUCUCUGUUGACCUAGAACAAGCUAGAGAACAGAUUGCUCUUAAAAAUAAAGAAAAUCUGAAGCUUCAAGAAGAAAUAUUAGGUUUAGAAGAGCAGAAACGUGAUAUUAAUUCUGAAUUACGUCUGUCAAGAGAUUCUCUGAAAUCAGAGGAGGUCAUGCAAUCUAAACUUGUUACAAGAUUUACUGAACAAGAAGAGGAGGUAAAGAGAUUACGAACAAUGUGGGCGAAGCAGGCAGAAGAAUCUGGUGAUGGGGAUACUAAAAGCAUGUGGUGA